GGCACCUAAUCUCAUCAAACUGCUGUUAGAGGAACUGAAUUCAAUCUGUACGGAUUUAACCGCGUGUGCUCAGGGUCAGUCGGCUCAAACAUCCGCCCGUUCGGCCCCUCUCACAGGACGUCGGUAGCCGGCUUUCUGGCUCGAUAGCCCCGCGGUCAUUCCCCAAAUCGCCGCGGCACAAUCACGGAGCUCAUCAGGUUUUUUUUUUUUUAAAUAGCUGUAUGAAAGCUAGUCACCAUCCCACUGAGCGGACCCGGGCUCACGCGAGCAUUCAUUAAAGUAACUCCGGUGUGACCUGCUAGUGCUCCACGGCAAGUGUGACCGCUAGGACCAAGCUAGCAUCCUCUGGAGGCGGAUGGACCAGCGGCUCACACAGCAUCCCUGCCCGGAACGCGUUCGAGCCUGCCCUGCCGCCGCUGCUGCUGCUGUUGCCGCUGCAGAAUGCUAACCGUCGAGGAAGCGGCUUUAACAUGACGAAGAACCUCCUGUAUCUCCUGAAGGUGCCACGCUGACUUUUAGUUUUUUUUAAUGCCAAAUGUGAUGAGCGUGCCGAGGCUGCACCAUGUACGUGGCUGCCCGUGUCUGUCUCCAGCCCCGCGGAUGACACUCGCACAGGUACCGGCGGUUCAGAGCAAACAGCGGCGGCGCGGACACACCGCCGCCGGGUAGCCGAGAGACUUGACGGGAGCCCGCUAGCGCCAAGCUAGGCGGAUAACAGCACAUUUUAAAGAGACCCAACACACAGCAACACCAAUGGUAUCCCACAAGGUUUUCGUGGCAAUAGUCCUGCUCAACGUGUACAUAGGUAUACAGUCCGUUUUCUACUUGUUCGGCGGCGUCAUUUUAACCGCCCUGUUUGCUAUGGCUUUUUUGAACGGACCCAGGCUGCUAGACUGGGCGAGUUCACCUCCGCAUCUUCAGUUCAACAGAUACGUCCUGACGGGGUACCGGCCUAUCUCCUCCGUGCAGGACUGCAUCCGGAGCCUGUUCUACCUGCACAACGAGCUGGGAAACAUCUACACUCACGGCAUUCCGUUGCUUUGCUUUCUGGUGCUGCUGCCUCUCAACAUCCCCUGGUCUCAGAUCAGCGUCACAUGGUUGGGCGUGGUGCACUUCCUGGCCUGCCUGUCACCCCAGCUGGGUUCUGUGCUCUACCACCUUUUCAUGAACCACGAGGGAGGGGAGCCCGUCUACCACACCCUCCUCAAACUCGAUGUGUGUGGAAUCGGCAUGAUCAACACGCUCGGGGCUCUGCCCAUUGUCUACAGCACACUGCUGUGCUACCCGUUCAUCCGCACCGUUACCCUGGUAGUCUACAUCCUGCUUUCCAGCCACGCCAUCUACUGCGCCGUGACGGCUCGGAGCAGCGUUUGCCGGCUGCGCUCUUUUGCCUGGCAGGCACUGUUUCGCUUCUCCUUCUUCCUGCUCCGCUGGGUGGGCCUGGGUGGCGGUAGCCCCACAUCGUUACGCCACUUCCUCAUGAUGGACGUCCUGGCUGUCCUGGGCGGGAUCAUCAACAUCACCCGCAUCCCGGAGCGCUUCAGCCCGGGCCUCUUUGACUACUGGUGCAACAGCCACCAGAUCAUGCAUGUUCUGGUGGUGGGCUCCAUCCUUUCCCUGCACUGGGGCGUGCUGGAUGACCUGCUGUGGAUCAACACUUACAACUGUCCCUCAGACUGACCCUACCCGCGGCCCCCGCCC